UUUCAAACUGAUAGUUUAAAAAGCCGAUCGUCAAAUUGAUCAUAUUGUAUUUUAAAUUUGUAUUGUUUCGAUAUUUUAAAAAAGUAACACAAUUCGACUGCAAUGAUUAUAAAAAUCAACUUUUUUUGUUUCUUAAUAUCAUUUGCCCUUCAAGAAGUUUUGGCAGUUACCUACGCGGAGUAUAAGAAAGAGGUGGCCAUCACCAACAGACACAUCGAGCUUGCAGGAGAUAGAUUGCCGGAUGUAAUUGGAAAUAUUAUAUUUCAAAUUACAGCGAUGGAAAAAAUUGCUCUUAUGUUAGCUGCACCAGAAAAUAUAAUAUCUUGCUGCCUAACAAAAUGCAAAAAUUACCAGAAAGCUAUGCAAAAUGAAAUACUUAAAGUCACGUCUCAGCCUGUGCCCGAUGCUGUAAACCUAAAUAUUAGUUGGUCACAACUUGGAGUUGAUAGAAGAUCAAGAGUUAAACUAGCUCUGCAAGCCAUAAUCGCAAGAUUUGAAUUAGAUGCAAUUUUUCGUAUAGCCGUCAAGAUGUGUCGUCUCAAAGGAUUGCUCUUGAGUAUACAAAAUCCCAAUGCAUAUAUUAAAAAAGUUAUACUUGACGAUGAUGGUAAAUGUGUCCUAACUGACAUAGACGAAAAUAUUUACAUACACAAUUCUGUUUGGGACCCAAGUAUGGAAAGUAUACUUCACUCAAGUUAAACGUAAGAAGUGUUUACUUGCAUCUCGGUUAUAAUAAAUCAGACCAAGCAAUUAUAAUAUGGAUAACUCAUUGAAAUUAUGAUCUACUAUUGUUAAUAUAUUGAAAUAACCAAAGCGAA